AUGAAGCAAAUAGUUGCAGCCCUCCAGAUAGGAAGCUCACCUCUUGGGAUGAGGGCAACACUUGAUAAACUUCUCAGUUAUGAGUCUCAAAUUGUUGAAGCUGGUUGCAGUCUCGUUGUCAUCCCUGAAGCAACUUUGGGAGGAUAUCCCAAAGGUUCAACAUUUGACACUUAUGUGGGUUAUCGCUCACAAACAGGGCGUGAAGAGUUUUCUCGUUAUUUUCAGGAGGCGAUCGAAGUUCCCGGUAGUGAAACAGAUAUUUUACUGGAGCUAGCUAAACGUACAGGCUCGUCUUUUGUAUUAGGCGCAAUUGAAAGAGGAGGCAGUACAUUAUAUUGUACUAUGGUUUAUAUAGACUCAGAAAAAGGAUAUAUUGGGAAGCAUAGGAAGUUGAUGCCGACAGCAUCAGAGAGGUUAAUAUGGGGUCAAGGCGACGGAUCAGGUUUGAUAACAAUGGAAAAUGAACGGUUAGGAAAGAUAGGAGGCGGAAUAUGUUGGGAAAAUUAUAUGCCACUUUACAGAGCUACUAUGUACGCUAAAGGUGUGACUAUUUAUUGCGCACCCACGGUAGAUGAACGUGAAAUUUGGCAAAGUUUAAUGAGAACUAUCGGUGCCGAAGGUAGACUAUACGUUAUAUCUGCUGUUCAAUUUCUACCAAAUCCACAAGAAUGUAAUCUAAAACUACCAUCUUGGGAGGAAGAUAGGAACUGUAUUAAUGGUGGCUCUGUUAUCGUCGAUCCAUAUGGAAAUAUUCUUGCUGGACCACUUGUGGGUAAGGAAGGCUUGUUAAGCUGCGAAAUAGAUACCGAAACAAUUGUAGAGUCACGGUAUGAUCUUGAUAUAAAUGGUCACUAUGCUCGCAAUGAUAUUUUCCAGCUAACAGUAGACGAGCGUGCUAGAAGAGGAGUUUCUUUUCUUGGGUCGAACAAAUGA